GUGAGUCAGACGGACAGCACAAGAAGGAGAGAGUGACAACAGAAAGUAGCUACUGCGCUGAAGGGGGCUACAGUAUUACUGUGUUGAGGAGAGACUGACAACAGAAAGUAGCCACUGCGCUGAAGGGGGCUACAGUAUUACUGUGUUGAGGAGAGACUGACAACAGAAAGUAGCUACUGCGCUGAAGGGGGCUACAGUAUUACUGUGUUGAGGAGAGACUGACAACAGAAAGUAGCUACUGCGCUGAAGGGGGCUACAGUAUUACUGUGUUGAGGAGAGACUGACAACAGAAAGUAGCUACUGCGCUGAAGGGGGCUACAGUAUUACUGUGUUGAGGAGAGAGUGGUACCCUACACUAUCCUGUGCUACUCUUGCUGCUACGGCCAUGGGGACCAGGGUCCUGCUUCUCUCCAUCUUAAUGAUUUCUUUCAACUGGUCCAUGGGGGCUGUCAUCACUGGGGCGUGUGAUAGAGAUGUUCAGUGUGGGUUUGGUCUAUGCUGUGCUGUCAGCCUGUGGCUUAGGGGACUGCGGAUGUGUAUACCACGAGGGGAAGAGGGGGACGAGUGCCACCCCUUCAGUCACAAGGUGCCCUAUCCAGGAAAAAGACAGCAUCACACCUGUCCAUGUCUUCCUCAUUUGGUCUGUACCAGCUACACACGUAGCACAUACAGGUGUACCAAAGACUUCAAAAACCUAGACUUUUGAUGACAGAGGAGGAAGAAGAGGAGAGAGAAGAAGAGGAGAAAGAUGGGAAACAAUGACAGCAGCACAUUCAAUCACACACGACCUUCACUCUUUUCCCUCUACUUAGUCUUUGUUCUAUAUACUAUAGGAACUGUUAUAUUUCAUGAGAAUAUAACAUCUGUAAAUACACCUCACUGUGCCCCACUGGCCACCAAAGACAUGCCAAGACAAUAUAUACAUGCUAAACUGUGCCAAGAAAGAUACAUAGCUAAAUGUUUUCUUUUUUUAUGUAUAUACCAAUUACAGACUAUAGUUUUAAUACACAGGCCUGUCAAAAGCUUGAUGCAAAUCAAAGUAAUAUACGGUUUAAUUCAUAGGCAAAUGUAAUGUUUUUAUUUAUGAUCAACAUUUUUGCAAAUUAAACUCACUGUAUCAUACCACUGUGAAAAAUAUGUACUUACACUGUGUGUUGUGUCUGUUGUUGUUAUGUAAGUAAUU